GUCUUCUCUGCGCAGGAAGUGAAGGCGCGGAGGAAGGAAGACGUUAAAAAUGGCACGAGAAAGAAGCCCAGCUGUAUGGCUUCACACUCAACCAAGUGUAACUCGUAAAAUGCUUGUGUGUCACAGAAUACUCUUACUUUUAUGGCUACUCCACUUUUCUUCCGUAUAUUCAGAUAUAACGGACGGGAAUGCGGAGCACUUAAAGCGCGAGCACUCGCUCAUUAAGCCAUAUCAGGGUGUUGGAACGAGUCCCUCAAGUCAGUGGGACUUCUGGGGAAGUACUUUAGUAACCAGCCAGUAUGUGCGCCUAACUCCAGAUGAGAGGAGCAAACAAGGGUCCAUCUGGAAUACAGUGCCAUGUUAUUUGAAGGAUUGGGAGAUGCAUGUGCAGUUUAAAAUUCAUGGAUCGGGAAAGAAGAACCUCCAUGGAGAUGGCUUAGCCGUUUGGUACACGAAGGAGAGACUACAUCCUGGCCCAGUCUUUGGAAACCAAGACCAUUUUAUAGGCCUGGCUAUUUUUGUGGAUACCUUCCGUAAUGAUCUCCAAGGAAUGGAUCGCUCUUUUCCCUAUAUUUCUGCAAUGGUGAAUAACGGCUCCCUGCCGUAUGAUCACGGGAAAGACGGCCGGUCUACUGAAUUGGGAGGUUGCUCCGUUGAAGUCAGAAACAAAGAUCAUGACACGUACCUGGCUGUUAGAUACUCCAAAGGCAGACUCACGAUUAUGGUAGAUGUGGAUGACAGCAACGAUUGGAAAGAAUGCAUUGAUAUUAGCGGUGUCCGCCUCCCUACAGGAUACUAUUUUGGGGCUUCUGCGGCCACAGGAGAUCUCUCUGAUAACCAUGACAUCAUCUCUAUGAAGAUGUACCAGCUGAUGGUAGAACAUACUCCUGAGGAGGACAACCAGGACUGGACGAAGAUCGAGCCUAGUGUCAGUCUUCUCAAGUCGCCAAAAGACAAUAUUGAUGAUCCAACGGGAAAUUUUCGAAGCACACCCCUCACUGGCUGGAAGGUCUUCCUACUUCUGCUGUGUGCCCUGCUGGGGAUUGUGGUUUGUGCAGUUGUUGGUGCUGUGGUCUUUCAGAAGCGUCAGGAGAGGAACAAGAGGUUCUACUAAACAUCCGGAUUUCAAAGAACUCUGGAGAUUGUAGGUGAAAAACAUUAAUGUGAAUUUCGUACAGCUGUACAAAUGUUGAUAUUGUUGAAAUGCUUGAUUGGAAGGAAAGAUGGUUUGAAUCUACAGAGUAGGACUGGUGGCUUCAAAGAAACUUUUCUUUAUGUGGAUCUGUCUGAUUUGGGUCUGCUUGCGUAUAGUAGAUUACACAUUUCCAAUCUUUAUUUCUGUGUAUAUGCUGUGUAUACACUACGUCUCAAUUCUUGGUGGUUUUAUUGUUUUUAACCCUUUAUCUGUUUCUUUUCCAUCUACACAUUGUUUUUUCUGAUCUGGAGUGUUACAUUUUUUUUUUUUUUUUUUUUUUUUUUUUAGCAUUUAAAGCAUUUUUUAUGAUUUACUUAAGAGGGUUUUAAUGGACUGCAAAAGAAAUCAAACUAAUGAAAAUGUCUUCUUAAAUUGAUCAAAUCAAUGUAAAUAUUUUAGCUUAUUUUCUAAAGUUAUUGCCCUUCUCUCUGCAGUAUAAUGUUUCAGCCUUCUUUUUUUUAACCAUAGGAGUUUUGAAAAUAAAUUGUCAUUUUUUUAUUACUGCAGGGUAACAAGAAUUCAGCCUUGUGCGAGGUUUUGUUUCUUACAUCUAUGUUAAUUUUGCUAUUUUUUGCGCCUAUAAAAGAAGUUAUUGCAAUGCACUGAUUUACAACAGUUUCUGAAAGUAGUUCCCAAAAGAUGUUUAUUUUCUGUUGGAGAGCAAAUGGGCCAUGACUGUAAAAUGAUGCUUUUGGUGAGAAAAUAAAGCAGCUUUAACAGUU